GUUCCAUCCGGGCACCCGAGGAGCCAGCGGGCGGGGCCGCCUCUGCAGCCAGGCAGCGCCCGAGCCGCAGCCGCCCGCCGAGCCCGAGCCCCCGCUAGGAGCCAGCGUGGGGGAGCGCGGGCCCCUGGCGCGGGGGGAGGACAUGGCGGGUAGUGAUACUGAACGAGAUGGAAUAGCUGCAGAAAAGUCAUCUCCAGAGAGAGAGAAGAAAAAGGAACAGUCAGACGCAUCUAAUUCUCCUAGAACCUCAAAACAUCAUUAUUCAAGAUCACGUUCACGAUCAAGGGAAAGAAAACGAAAAUCAGAUAAUGAAGGAAGAAAACACAGAAGUCGGAGCAGAAGCAAAGAGAACCAACUUCUUCUUAAAACAGGCAAGAAGACACGAGUCCAAAGAGAAGUCCUCCAAGAAACACAAAUCUGAGGACCAUAAUGACAAAGAACAUUCUUCUGACAAGGGGAGAGACAGCCUAAAUUCAUCAGAAAAUGGUGAGGACAGACAUAAGCGCAAAGACAGAAAAUCAUCAAGAGGUAGAAGUCAUUCAAGAUCCAGGUCUCGUGAAAGACGUCAUCGUAGUAGAAGCCGUGACAGAAAAAAGUCACGAUCUCGAAGCAGAGAGAGAAAGCGGCGUGUAAGAUCUCGUUCUAGAUCAAGAUCUAGACACAGACAUAGGACUAGAAGCAGAAGUAGGACUAGGAGUAGAAGCCGAGAAAGAAAGAAAAGAAUUGAAAAACCACGAAGGUUCAGCAGGAGUCAUAGCCGGAGUCCAAGUCCUCCACCCUUUAGGGGACGAAACACAGCAAUGGAUGCACAGGAAGCUCUGGCCAGAAGGUUGGAAAGAGCAAAGAAAUUGCAAGAACAGAGAGAAAAAGAAAUGGUUGAAAAGCAGAAACAACAGGAGAUGGCUGCAGCUGCUGCUGCUACUGGAGGUUCUGUCAUCAAUGUUGCUGCUCUUUUGGCAUCAGGAACACAAGUCACUCCUCAAAUAGCCAUGGCAGCCCAAAUGGCAGCGUUGCAAGCAAAAGCACUGGCAGAGACUGGAAUAGCUGUACCUAGUUAUUAUAACCCAGCAGCAGUCAAUCCAAUGAAGUUUGCUGAACAAGAGAAAAAACGAAAAAUGCUCUGGCAAGGCAAAAAGGAAGGGGAUAAAUCGCAGUCUGCGGAAAUAUGGGAAAAAUUGAAUUUUGGAAACAAGGACCAAAAUGUCAAAUUUAGAAAGUUAAUGGGCAUUAAGAGUGAGGAUGAAGCUGGUUGUAGUUCAGUUGAUGAAGAAAGUUAUAAAACACUGAAGCAACAGGAAGAAGUAUUCAGAAAUCUGGAUGCCCAGUAUGAGAUGGCAAGAUCACAGACCCACACACAAAGAGGAAUGGGAUUGGGGUUUACAUCUUCCAUGCGAGGAAUGGAUGCAGUUUGAAAGACGUGAUUUUAAAGUUUGGGACUUUGUGGAAGAUUCUUGUUCUGAUGUUGGGUCCUUGUUCUUCACCAAAAAGCUAGCCUUCUAGCUUGCAUGGGUGUUGCAUUGACUUUAAUUUAUUGAAAAAGUACAAUUUUUUUGUAAAUAUCAGAUCAGUGAUACUGGUGUUAGUGUUGUAAUCAGGUUAUACCCACUUCCAUUAAACUUGACAGAACUAUAGAAGGACAGUAUUUUUUAGUUCAAAAUUUUACUUUUCAAACAAAGCAGCAGAUGGGGUAAACUCAUACAUGGAUAUUUCGUGUCCACUGUCUUGUGUACUUUUGUACUUUAACCUUGUACAGUUAUUUUCAAUUCUUGAAACAUGAAAGAAGCAUUGUGUAGAUGUUAUCUAGCAGGUUGGGCCAAUAGGCACAUAAUCCAGUGCAAAAACCUGGUUAAUAAUAAAGAUGUUUUUUCUCUAAA